UCCGUCUCGUGCCUGCCCGCGGCGCGACCACGAGGCACCACCUAUUUUCAAAAGCAAUUAUCACGUGCCGACUGAGAUACGAAAGCAGAAGACCGAUCAGUCAUAGUUACACUUUUAACACGGGUUUUAUGUGAUCCCAAUCAGGCGAAGGAAUUAUGUGAGGCCAUGAGUAUUGGAGAUAAAAUGGACACUCUAGACAAUAUCUCCAGUACAUCCGAAAACGAUUCGACAAGGCCUAGUGUCCUGUGGAGAAUGGCUAAAGAAGCCAAAGAAAAUGGUACAGAUACGGACUGUGACAGUGAAAAUGAAACUAUUGAUGUAAUUUGUGAUAAAAGUGAUCAAGCAAUCAAUCAAUAUCUCGAUAAGUCAUGUUACCUACCGAUUUUAAGCCAAUACACGAAUUCAGGUUUUCGUUUUGAAGAAUCUAGAGUGAUAGUUGGAAGUGAUGCACAAAUUAAUUCAACCAAUAGUUGUAGUAUUAGUGGUUCUAGUCAAAGGAAUAAGUUAAAUAUAUUCAAAAGCAGUGAUCAUAUUCCAAGUAGGAGUAAAACGUUUCUUAUUGAUAGCAUAUUAGGUAACGACAAGAGUGGUGAAGACUCCGAGUGUGCGGACGACGAGUUCCUGAACGAAGAGAGCACGGAUGAACACAACGUGUCGUCAACGUCAUCCUCGGCCGAGCGGCGCGCGCGGGGCGGCGGCGGCGGCGGCGGCGCGGCGCUGCUGGCGGGGCGCGCCUACGCCAGCUGGCUCGCCGUGCACCACUCUACUAGCUACCAUGAGGACAAGUCGUCCCGCGCGCGGCGCCCCGGGCCGGAGCGCAAGCCGCGGCAGGCGUACAGCGCCAAGCAACUGGAGCGCCUCGAGGCCGAGUUCAAGCUCGACAAGUACCUGAGUGUGUCCAAACGACUGGAGCUUUCCAAGGCUCUUGGACUUACAGAGGUACAAAUCAAGACCUGGUUCCAGAACCGGCGCACCAAGUGGAAGAAGCAGCUGACGUCCCGUCUCAAGAUCGCUCAACGCCAGGGGCUGUUCCCCGCGCCGGCGUUCCCCGCGCAGUACUCACUGCUCCACCAGUAUGCGUAUGCUCCGUUGAGCUGCGUGUUUAGUCCUAUUGCUAUGAGCUCGGGUUCGCCUAAUUGAAUAUUAGUUUUUUUAAAGAAAUAUACAGAUAUGGAUAGA